AUGAUGGUGAUGCAGGGUGGUGGAGCUGACUUCUGCUUCCCUGACGUGAACACCUCCUGCAGGAGACCUUCACACCCCUACGCUGCAGCCGUGGCCUCGUACGUCCUCCUCUCAGCCGUCUCCAUCAUCACUGUGACGCUCAACCUUCUGGUCAUCAUCUCCAUCUCCCACUUCAAGCAGCUUCAUACUCCCACCAACCUGCUCCUGCUGUCUCUGGCUGUGUCGGACCUCCUGGUCGGCGUCCUGCUGAUGCCCGUGGAGAUCAUUCACAUAGAGCACUGCUGGUUCCUGGGAGACCUGGUCUGCUCUCUGUAUUACCUAGUGGACUACGUCAUCACCUCGGCAUCUGUGGCCAACAUGGUGAUCAUAUCCAUCGAUCGCUACAUCGCCGUGUGCGACCCACUGAACUACAACAAGACGGUCACAAAGAAAACCGCGCAGCUCUUCAUCUGCUUGUGUUGGCUUUGCUCUGUCAUCUACAGGAUUCUGCUCUUGAAUGACCACCUGCGGAUGCCGGGCAGCUCCAACCACUGCAUGGGCGAGUGCGUGGUGGUCAUCAGUUACAUCGCAGGCAUAAUAGAUCUCAUCUGCACAUUCAUUUUGCCCAUCACCAUCAUCAUUGUGCUGUACUUGCGUGUGUUCGCGGUGGCUCUGUCUCAGGCGCGAGCCAUGAGGUCAUGCGUCACUGCUGGAGUGGGGCAACAGACAGGGAUACUAAAGAUGAAAGAGUUGAAGGCGGCCAGGGCUCUGGGCUUGGUGGUGAUCGUGUUUCUCAUUUGCUUUUGUCCCUAUUACUUUCCCACGCUGACAGGCGAGGACACAUCUGUGGACGCCGCCGAUGCUGCGUUUGAGAUCUGGUUGGCUCAUUUUAACUCCUGUCUUAAUCCUGUCAUCUACGCUUUCUUCUACCCCUGGUUCAGGAGAGCGGUCAAGAUGAUCUUCAACUUACAGGUGCUGCAGCCGGGGUCAUGCAACAGCCAAAUAUUAUAA